GAGCCUGGUUUUAGCACAGAUGUCAGUCUAGUUUUUGGCUGAAAUGCGACGAACAAAAUGGCUGGACACGCAGACGACCAUCGCAGCGCGUCGCUUCUGCUUUUUGGCGGGCGCGUCUCUGAAGUCGGGCCAUGGCGCGCGUGGCGCGCCCUAUCGGGGAUGGCCAGCCGGGGGGAGGGGUUCCGUUGCGUCAAGGCUUCCCGGCCUAUUUUGUGGCGCCGGCGCCAUCGGAAGCCGCGGAGGCGACCAAACUGUUCAUAACUCUGAGGGGCCGAGUGCCCGCGAUGGCGCAGCGCUAGCAGCGCUACCCGGAUAGACUUCGCGAACAGCCAUCGCCCGACAAUGCUACCCCGACGCGAGCCAGGAGUGGGCGGAAGCAAUGGCGCACCAGCUGCGCCGCGUCGCGUAGUACGUACCGAGAUGCGUGAGCUCGUGCGCAGUGCUCGUAGCCGCCGAGGAGCAAGUCAGGGUCCCAGCGCGAAGCGACACCGCCGGCCUCGUCCCGCGCGCCUUACUUUUGUUCCGCCUUGCCGCGCGCCUGUGUAGCUCCCCCCCAAACCUCCGCGCGCCCCCGGCGCCUUCCUUCGCGCGCGCCCCGGCCCGCCCCGCACUAUUUUGGACAGCCGCGACGCCAGCCCCUCGGCUCUAGCAGUUUUGGCCAUCUUCUCCUCGCCCUCCCCGGUGCCGUUGUCCGCGCCGAGCCGUUUCCGCGGAGGGGGGCGUUGGCGACAUACCCGCGCGGCGCGCUUCUUCCGCUCUGCAGCGAGCAGUGGGGGGGCGCAGCCAAGGGCGGCUCGUCCGUGCUAGGGGAUUGAACCUUAUCCGGGAUGAUUUUCGCGGGCGUGGGC